AUGGCUGCUAAAGCUGAAGUUCUCAGCUGGACGGAGUUCCCGGAGGAGUUCAGUUUAUUGCAUCAGGCGCAGACUCUCCAGGCGCAGAUAAACACUAAAGCGUGGAUUGCUUCAAAUUCCCUGCAAGUGUUUUCAAGAAGAGACAGUCCCAGCGAAACCACAGGGCUUUCUCUGGUGCCAAGACUUGCAGAUCCCUCCAAUGGAAUCAACCAGGACAAAGCAGAUGAUGGGGCCAAGACGAGUUACUUUGGGCCUCAGAAACACAGACGGGUCGCAGCCAAUGCACGGGAGCGCAGGAGGAUGCACGGACUGAAUAAAGCCUUUGACGAGCUGCGGAGCGUCAUCCCCUCACUGGAGAACGAGAAGAAGCUGUCCAAGUAUGACACGCUCCAAAUGGCACAGAUCUACAUCACGGAGCUGUCCGAGCUGCUGGACGGAGUGGUGCGGCAGGAUUGUGGGAGUACAGCAGAAAAGGCGCCCAUGAGAAGUUUGCUUCAGGCUCUCCAUCCUGCAGACUGUGGCCAUGAGCCGCUGAGCCCGGAGCCGAGAGAGCACAUCCGCAGCCUCGGGCCCCAGUCUGAAGGGGGCACCAGCUCCGCGCUCAGCAGUGAUGGAGAGUCGUCCCUCCUCAGCGACCUGGAGGAGAGUCUACAUCAUGGGAGACAGUGA